GUCAACUUCGACAAAACAUACCUCCAAUGGCGUCGUCUUCUUCUGCAUCAUUCGUUAAGAAGAGCUAUCAGUAUGAUGUGUUUUUGAGUUUUAGUGGUGAAGACACUCGUAAGAACUUUGUGGAUCACCUUUAUGAUGCUCUUCAGCGACACGGCAUUCACACUUUCAAGGAUGAUGAGGGACUUAAACAAGGAAAAAGCAUCAAUGAGCAACUUUUGAAAUCUAUUGAGGAGUCCAAGUUGUUCAUCAUAGUUUUCUCAAAGAAAUAUGCAUCUUCGUCUUGGUGCUUAAACGAACUUGUAAAGAUUAUGGAAUGCCAAAAGUUGAACGACCAGAUUGCUUACCCUGUUUUUUAUGAUGUGGAUCCUUCGGAGGUUCGCAAACAACAUGGGCCAGUUGGAGAAGCCCUUGCCAAACAUACCAAUAUAGAGAUGGGGAAAUGGAUAGAAGCUCUAAAAGAAGCAGCCAAUCUGUCCGGUUGGGAUUUAAGGAACACUGCUGAUGGGCAUGAAGCCAAAGUCAUCAAGUUAAUAAUUGAGCGGAUUUCACUUGAGUUACGAUCCAUUAAUGUGGACCUUAAUGAUAAAUUAGUAGGCAUGAAACCCCGGCUACAGGACCUUGAGAAGUCUUUAGAUAUCGCGUCGAACGAGGUUCGCAUGAUAGGGAUCAAGGGGAUGGGAGGUGCUGGUAAGACUACACUAGCCAGAGCUGUGUUUGAUAAAAUAUUAGUUCACUUUGAAGCUAAAAGCUUUGUUGAGAAUGUCAGGGAAGUUUCAAAAGCUUCGUUAUCUGGUUUAUUGUCAUUGCAAAGAAAGAUCCUUACAGAUUUGCUGAAUGAUCAAGGCAAGAAUGUAGAUAGUGUCCAUGAAGGGACAAAAAUGUUGAAAACAAAGUUGCGUGGUAGAAAGGUUCUAGUGGUUUUAGACGAUGUGGAUCACAAAGAGCAGCUUGAGGCAUUAGCUGGUGAUCUUAAUUGGUUCAAGCCUGGAAGUAGAAUUAUCAUAACAACAAGAGACGAGCAAGUGUUGAUAGCACAUAGAGUGGAACGGAUUCGUGAUGUCAGUCUAUUAUCACAUGAGGAAGCGAUUGGCCUCUUCAGUAGGCACGCAUUUGGGAAAGAUCUUCCAAUUCAAGAGUAUGAAAAGGAAUCACAACAAGUUGUACAAUAUGCUGCUGGCCUUCCCUUGACAAUCAAAGUUUUGGGUUCAUUUCUGUGUGGUAAAGACAAGCUUGAAUGGGGAUCCGCAUUAGCAAGACUCAAAAGAAUUCCGUUGAAAGAGACUCUUGAAAAACUGGAAUUAAGCUAUGAAAGUUUGGAGGAUGAUUACAAGGAAAUAUUCCUAGAUGUUGCAUGCAUAUUGAAGGGGUGGGAGAAAAACAAAGCAAUAAGUAUGCUUGAAAGUUGUGGAUUUCAGGCUAUAAUUGGUUUAAGAGUUCUUGAGCAGAGAUCUCUAAUAACUUUCUAUGGUAAUUAUGGUUCUCUUUACUUGGGAAUGCAUGACCAUAUUGAAGAAAUGGGCAAGAAUAUCGUACGCCGUUUGCACCCAGAUGAGCCCAACAAACAUAGCAGAUUAUGGAUGCAGGAAGAAAUUGAAAAUGUAUUGGAUACUGAUUUGGGUUCUGAAUCGACAAGGUGUAUACGUCUAAGGCUCACCCCUAAUAUUGCUUUGGAAAGUCUUGGAAACAUGAAGAAUCUAAGAUGCCUUAUUGUAGAUCAUAAAUAUGAGGGUAAGGAUCGUGAUGACCUUGUGAAGAUUGAUGAAGUUGGUCAAUACUUUCCAAAUGCAUUACGAUACUUGAAUUGGCAAUAUUACCCUCAUGGGUGUUUACCCAAAACCUUUCAAGCAAAUAAUCUUGUCGAGCUUCACAUGCCUAACAGCAGAAUUGAACAACUUUGGGUGGGGGGAAAGGUUCUUAAGAAGCUCAAAUCCAUUACACUGUCCCGCUCAAAGUUGAAGACCCUUGACCUUGGGGUGACUCCAAAUCUUGUGAGGUUAGAUCUUUCAUUUUGUCGUAACUUGGUAGAACUUCAUGUGCCAGUUGGAUGUUUAAAAAGGCUUACGUACCUAAACCUUGAGCAGUGUAAGAGGUUGAAAUUUGUUUCAUUUAUCAAGGAUUUGGAAUCACUUGAGAAUCUUAAUGUAAGUGGCUUAGAUCUAAAGGAGUUCCAGAAUAUAAUCCUGUGCCACUCCAACAGUAAUCUGCAACAGCUUUAUUUUGGUGGCAAUGAUAUAGAAAACCUAUCUUCAUCAAUUGAAAAUCUUCAUAAGCUUGUUUUGCUAUUCUUCGAUAGAUGCCACAAACUCAAAAGUCUUCCAGGAAGCAUCUGUAGUUUACAUUAUUUAAGUUUUCUUUCUCUUGUAGAUUGUGGCAUAGAGGAAUUGCCUGAGGACAUUGGCCAGUUGGAGUAUUUAGAAGUGCUAGAUUUAACACGUUCAAAAAUUAAACAUCUCCCGGAUAGCAUUUGUAAGUUGAAACAUCUUAGAGUUCUCAUUCUAGAUGGUUGUAAAGUUUGUAAGUUACCCGAGGAUGUUGGUCAAAUAGAUUCAUUGCAUACACUAGAUCUAAGAUCAACCAAGAUACGAGAUGUUCCAUCCAGCAUCUGUAAACUAAAGCAUCUCAAAGAGCUUCAACUUUCUAAUUGUUCUGGACUUAAGAAACUACCAGAGAACCUAGGAGAAUUAGAAUGUUUGGUAAUGUUAGAUCUAAGAUCAACCAAGAUAAGAGAUGUUCCAUCCAGCAUCUGUAAGCUAAAGCAUCUCGAAUAUCUUGACCUUUCUGAUUGUUCUGGACUUGAGAAACUACCAGAGAACCUAGGAGAUUUAGAAUGUUUGUAUACACUAAAUCUAAGAUCAACCAAGAUAAGAGAUGUUCCAUCCAGCAUCUGUAAGCUAAAGCAUCUCGAAUAUCUUAACCUUUCUGAUUGUUCUGGACUUGAGAAACUACCAGAGAACCUAGGAGAUUUAGAAUGUUUUAUACACUAAAUCUAAGAUCAACCAAGAUAAGAGAUGUUCCAUCCAGCAUCUGUAAGCUAAAGCAUCUCGAAUAUCUUGACCUUUCUGAUUGUUCUGGACUUGAGAAACUACCAGAGAACCUAGGAGAUUUAGAAUGUUUGUAUACACUAAAUCUAAGAUCAACCAAGAUAAGAGAUGUUCCAUCCAGCAUCUGUAAGCUAAAGCAUCUCGAAUAUCUUGACCUUUCUAAUUGUUCUGGACUUGAGAAACUACCAGAGAACCUAGGAGAAUUAGAAUGUUUGGAAAAAUUACAUCUAGAUGAUACUCCUAUAAGUCAUCUUCCCGAUAGCAUUUCUUUGUUGAAAGGUCUUAAAAUUGUUGGAUACGAAAGAAGGAUUGAUCCAGAUGUAAUUCUAUUUCAAGAAGAACAAUAUAUUCCAUUUGCUCCCAAAAGAAGAAGGGCCAAUACUGAAGCUACAACAAGCGAUGCAGGUGGCAAGGUUAAAGAACGAAAGAUGGAGGAUCACUAAUGAAACUUUGUGAAAGACUAGAGCGGUGAACAAGUGGAAGCUGGAGGGGCAUAUUGAAACUAGUGUUAAAUCCAUGUUCAAAACAUAUAACAAUCAUUCUACUAUUGACAUUUGUAGUGAUUGUUUUGGAAACGAUUUGAAGGAUGAAUUAAACAAAGAAUCAUUUUAU